AUGAAUAUAACAUCGAAUAUUCGUGAUAUAAAUUUAACAUCAUUAAUUCUUGAUGGAAUAAAUGAAAAUGAUAUUAUUAAUAGUACAAUAACGACAAUUACAACAAAAACAACAAUAAAAACAACAACAAGUAUAUUUCUUCGUUUAAUUAAUGCAACAAGAAUAUAUCCUUAUUUACGUCAACCAUUAUCAACAUCACCAACACCAUUAUUAUUAAAUAAAUAUUUUAUAUUAAAAUCACAAUUUCAUAUUAUUAUGCGUGUUGUUGAAUUAUUUAUAUUAAGUUUAACAUUACCAUUAUAUGCAAUUGCUUUUAUACUUUUUAUUCAAUUAACUGUAUUACGUAUAAAUAGAAAUACAGCUAUAUCUGGUGGUGGUUCACGUAGUCGUAGUCAACGACGUCGACAACGUAUGCGUAGUCUUAUAUGGACAUCAAAUUAUUUACUUGUUGAUUUUCUUAAUCUUUUAAAUGAGCUUGCUUAUGUUAUUAUACAUACAACAGGUCAAUUAGCACAUAAAUCUUUGGCUGGCCGUUUUUAUUGUCAAUUACAAGUUUAUGUACCAUUAUAUUUAACUGUACUUAUGGCAUAUAGUUUAACAGCUAUAUCUAUUUAUCGUCGUCGUCAUUUUGUAAAUUUAAAUAAUCAACUAGCACAAUCAAAUAAGACAAAUAUUAUGAUGAUUAUUGCACUAUGGAUUAUGCCAAUAAUAACAUCGAUUAUUCCAACUUUUAUAUUAGCACAUUUUAAUAUUUUAAAAAUAACACAACAUGAAACAACAAAUCAAUGUCAAAUUUCGUAUACAUAUGAAUCAAAUGUUGAAGCUGUUUAUAUAUUUUAUAGACUUGGUAAUAUAUUUCUUUUACCCAUAUCAAUAUCAUUAGCUUGUUAUAUAAGAAUAUAUGUUGAUUUAAUACGCAUGCAACGACGUUUUACUCGAGUAUUUAAACGUCAUGUACAUAUACGAAAAAAUCUUAUAUCACAAAUACUUUUUUUAUUUCUUAAUUUUGCUGUUUUUUGGUUACCUGCUGAAAUAAUAAUGCUUUAUACAAAAACUCAUCCUCUUAAAGAUGCUAUACAAGUAACAAAAUCUUUAAAUAUUCUACUUGAUCCAUUAAUUAUUGCUGGUUUUGAUACACGUUAUUCAUCAGCUGGUCAACAAUUAUUAUCACGAUGGCCUUUUAAUCAAUUUCUUUGUCUUUUUAAUAUUAUUCGUCGAUAUAAUUCUUCAACAUCAACAUCAGCAACGAUUAGAAAUCGUUUAGCACAUUUACAACAACCGAUGAAUCAGCAAAUGGCAACAGUUGCUACUUGGAAUAUGGCUAAUAAUGAUGAUAUUACUCUUGUAGAAUCAGUAUCAAAUCAUUCUCUACAAGUACAAAGAGCAAGACGAUAUCAACAACGAUCAUCAUCGUCAUUAAAUCAACAGCAAUCAACAAAUAGACGACCAAGAUCAAGGCAAAGACGCAUGCAAAUAGCUGAAAAUCAUGUUUAA